AUGCUUGGAUAGUAAAAUCCUGAAAAAGUCUACCCUGGCAAAUUACAGUCUCCUUGUAAUAGUUUUUCGGCGUUGUUCAAAAUUAUUUGCCGUUUGUAGCCUAGGCUACUUCAUGAACAUAAAUACAUGACUGUCUUCAUAGUGUAGGGAAGGCUAUAGACACCUUGCUUUCUUUGCUGAAAUGCAAAGUAGGAUAGCGUGCAAGUGAUUAUGAGUAGACCUAUCAAAUCGAAACAUGUUAACGUGUGAUUGUUUUAUUUAAUUUAUUCCGCGCAUUGAGGCUGGUACGGGUGUCUAUUGAGACAAUGUAUGGUUUUACUCGUGGACAGAUUUAGGGUGCUGUUCAGGUGAAACUAGAACUCGGACAUCGUGCCCAGGUCAGAAAGAAACCCACCGUGGAAGGCUUUACGCACGACUGGAUGGUGUUUGUCCGAGGACCAGAGCACAGCAACAUUCAGCACUUUGUGGAAAAAGUCGUUUUUCACCUGCACGAAAGCUUCCCAAGACCAAAACGAGUGUGUAAGGAUCCACCCUAUAAAGUGGAGGAGUCCGGAUACGCAGGCUUCAUCUUGCCCAUUGAAGUUUACUUCAGAAAUAAGAUGUCCCACUGCUCUUCUCAGGAAGAACCUAAGAAAGUGCGCUUCGACUACGACCUGUUCCUACACCUGGACGGCCACCCGCCUGUCAAUCACCUGCGCUGCGAGAAGCUCACCUUCAACAACCCCACGGAGGAGUUCCGCAGGAAGCUGCUCAAAGCCGGCGGGCAACGGGAUCCUAGCAAAAGAAGUUUGGAAGACUCUAAAGUGAUGGUAAUGCAGGAGGGCUCCACAUCUCUGUUCGGCCAGCAUCUCAAGCUGCCCACCCUCCCCAGCAGCUCCCUGACAUUGACAUUGUCUGAUGCUAAGAAGAGCAAGGUCUUCCCGGGGUCAAAGGACAGCUCCAAAGGAACUGGCGCCCUCCUCACCACCACCACCACUACUAAUAGUAGCAGCUCAUCCAAGCUACUCAAACCCUCAAAGGACCACAAAGACAAGCCUUCAAAAGAGACCAAAAGUGCCUUCCGAGACUGUGGCAGGGAACCCAGCAAAGCCUCCAAAGAUUUCUCCAAGAAACCCAAAGAGAACCAGCCUCUUCUUCGUGACAACCCCCCCAUCCCCAAGAUGGGCUUCAAGGAGCCCAAGACCAUGUCCAAGGAGCACCGGCAGGAUGGGGGCUACUUGCACGGGGCCGGGUCUGGGGCGGGGACUAACAAGCGACUGUCUGUCACUGACUGCGAGGACCACGUGACCAAAAAGAAAAAGAAAAACUUAGCGGAAUUGUCGUUAAAACCGACAGGGGGCUCGUCCCUGUCGCACGUCCAGUCCCACCACUCGGAUAAGAAACUGCUGAAGGACAAAUCCCAGGUGCACCCCGCUAAACUGCGGGUGGACGGCCGCGAGGUGCUGGGGGAGCGCAGAAAGGCGUUUCCGGAGCUGAUGGAUGCCAACUACUCUGACAUGGAGGACAAUAUGUCCACCAAAGCAGUGUCGGAGCAGCCCAGUCCGGCCAGCUCCAGUUCCAGCUCCAGCCCAGGCUUUGCAGCCAGCCACAAACGGCAAGUGGCCGAGUUCGUCCGCAGGAAGGUAGGGGCCGUCCCUGGCACAGCCCACACAGUGUUAGGUCCCCUUCGUUCGAUAAUCCAUGACCUGCAGUCGGAAGACAAUGAUGAUGACUCGGAGGACGACGACGACAUGGACUCUGACCUGGAGCGACCGGUGCACACGCACAUGACACACCGCCAUCGCCGGGUCAGCCUGAGUGACGGCACUGAGAGCGAGAACAGCUCAGCCCCCUCUCCCCACUCUCGACACGAGCCCCCACCUUUACUGAAGACCAGUAAUAACCAGAUACUGGAGGUGAAGCAAACGAAGCAGGAUAAGAAUAAAAACAUUGACUGUGACAAGGCUUACCUGGAUGAGCUGGUGGAGCUACACAGACGACUGAUGACACUGAGAGAGAGGCACAUACUACAACAGAUCGUGAACCUCAUAGAGGAGACUGGACACUUCCACAUCACAAACACAACUUUUGACUUUGACCUCUGUUCCCUGGACAAAAUCACGGUACGGAAGCUCCAGAGUUACCUGGAAACGUCUGGGACGUCAUGAGGCCUGGAAGCAGCAAGCUGCCACGAGGAAGAACUUUGGAUUCUUCCUCUUAUUAUUAUUUUUUACUUGAACUUUCUCUGCGUUGCAAAAAAAGACUACCGGCCGGCCCCUGCCCUGGGUCCUUGUGCCUGGCGGUUAUGGUCGCGCCACUCUACUCGUUGAAACCUGGCUCUCCACACGACCAGGGUAGCCCGCGAGCGACACAGACCUGAACGGCGUGUCGCAUCACCCUUGAGAUGAGUCCUGUCGACCAGGAAUAUCACCCAGAAAGCCUUGAAAGAAUUCCACAGUUAACAAAACAAACCGGAGGAAAGAAACGGAGACCUUGCUCUUAAAAGGAAUGUGCAUAUUAUUAUCAUGUAUGUGUGUAGAAUUUUUUGUUCUUUGUGAUGAAUGAUGCAUGUUCAACACUGCCUUACCACAUUUGUCAGUCUUUAUUUAUUGAGUUUGAGUUUCAGGUGUGCGUGUUAAUAGUAGCAAAACAGAAUUAGUCUUGUGCAAGCACUUCACAAUAUGCAUCUCUCUGGCUCUGGAAGGAUGGUGGACCAACGUUGAGAUUUCAAUUAUCUCAUGUGACGGAUCAGUCAAUCGUCCCUCUCUCUCUAUGAGGAAUUCUGCCUUCUCAAACGAUAUGUUAUCAGUGCCCAAUUGUACAAGCUGAGACCAAUCGUGGACUCGCAAUUAAUACAAUUGUAUCAAUUUAUAUUCCAUUCUUGGUACCUAAACUUGAAUUGGUGUAUUGGAUGAUGACUAGGCAAAUUUCAGAAGUGGUGUGCUGCAUGUCGUAUUUACAAGCUUUCGCUUGUAUUCCGCAGCUCUUGCUGUCCACAAAGUUGAAACCAAGUGUGUGUGUGUGUGUGUGUGUGUGUGUGUGUGUGUUUGACCAAUCUAUUGUCAGCAGGCCUGUGCUAAAAAUGAACCAUAUUGAAUCUUGGAAUUUUGAUGGAAGAAAUGUACUCAAAGACAUUGAAUCUUAUUUAUUUCACGGGGUCCUUGGUUGCCAAAUCAAAGUUGUGCAUUAGAAUUGAGAAAAAAUAGAACUGAGAAAACAACAUGUUUUUGUUCACGUUGUUCUGGAGGACAUUUUCCUUUUUGCUAAUCUGAGUAAUUAAUGUUGAUUUGGUUUAGUCUGCCGAGCGACGCCUCAAUGGGAAUACCAGUGGUCGUAGCUACUCACUGGGCCACACAAAGGCAGUAUGUUGUGUUUUGCUUGACCCAUGUCUGCCUUAAGUUCUUGUGUAUUCUUAGGACAUACAAUAAAAUGUGUAUUUUGUACAGAUGAGGACAUGUGCAACCUGUGGUGAAAGCAGUUAUUGGCACAGUGUGAUUUUAAAAUUUGUCUUUUUGUAUGUUGUUGCAAUGUCCUGUUGAUUGACUGGCAUUUUGUCCCUAAUUUCUCCAGUUUAAUUUCUAAGCCCAAAGAUGUUUGUUUUGGUUGGGAUGUCAUGAUGUAGUCUUUAUUUGCAUAUAAACUGUAUAUGUGACAACAAUGUCAUCCUUCAUUAUUUGGAAGGUUUGAAAGUAUACCAUCGUUUUAAAAUCCCAACAAAUGUGUGCUUUAGUCAAACCGCCUUCUGGUGCAUCCACAUCAUGCAGCUAAUGAUUUCCUACCAGUUAAUUUCAUCAAAACACUUCACUUUCUUUCUUAGAUAAAGUAAUACAGUUCAAAUGCAGACCCCACUAACACUUGUCCAGUUACAUGUGGCCCACAUUUUUGUUGCUUUAUUUGGGAGAGAAACAAGACUACUGAAGGAAUAUCCUGUAAAAUACCUCCAUUUGGUGAGAAGGGGGUGUUAGGAAUGGACAUAAACACCAACUUUUUCAAAGGGCUAUUUAAUGCCUGGGUCUGUUCAGGAGGGUAAAAUGUUACAGAACAUUAAGAUGUAAAUAUAUUGUGCAAAACAGAUAUCUGUCCUCAAGUAUAGGGAGUCAGUUCAGCUCCAUAUACAUUGCAUACCUAUUGGCAACAUUCUGAAUGUUUUGCUCUACUGAAUAAACCCCAGUUAUCCUCUG